UAAGGAGUCUCUCUGUUGAAGACGUCCAGAGAAGCUCCGGUGCCAGUGUCCAGAAACAACCAGAUAGACCCAGAAGAUGAAGACCUGUCUCAGCCUCCUCCUGCUCUUGCUGGGCCUCUGCCAGGCUCAACCUCUGGUGGGGGAAGAAAGUGUGGCCGAUGUCCUAGAAGACAAUGAGGACAUGGAUAUCAUCACAGAGAUUCUGACCUCCAACAACGACUCCAAUGAGAUCCUGCAGAAGGGAGACCUCUCCCAGGCUCAACCUCUGGUGGGGGAAGAAAGUGUUGAUGAUAUCCUAGAAGACAAUGAGGACAUGGAUAUCAGCACCAGGAUUCUGAUCUCCAACAACGGCUCCAAUGAGAUCCUGCUGGAGGGAGACUUGCUUCUACCAACAACCAGAAACGCCAUGAAGUGUUUUAGGAACAACUGCCUGUGGAAAAAAUCCUCCAAUGGCCUUGUGACCAUUCCCUACACAGUGAGCAGAGCCUACACCUCCGCGGAGAGGUCACGAAUUGUGAGCGCCAUGCAGUCCUUCCACCGGACCACCUGCAUCCGCUUUGUGCCCCGCCAGAACCAGAAGGACCACAUCAGCGUUGAGAGCAGAGGUGGAUGCUUCUCCUCUCUGGGCAGGACAGGAGGCAGGCAGGUACUCUCUCUCAAGAGAUCGGGAUGCAUGAACUUCGGCACCAUGCAGCACGAGCUGAACCACGCUCUGGGCUUCAACCACGAGCAGACCAGGAGUGACCGUGACCAGUAUGUCAGGAUAAACUGGAGGAACAUCAAUCGAAGCAAUGCCUACAACUUCAAGAAGCAGGACACCAACAACCUGAACACCCCCUACGAUUACUCCUCCAUCAUGCACUACGGCAGAACAGCCUUCUCCAUAAAUGGACGUGACAGCAUCACCCCCAUCCCAAACUCCCGUGUUCAGCUUGGCCAGAGAAAGGGAAUGACCCGGAAUGACAUCCUGAGGAUCAACCGACUCUAUCGCUGCUGAGACCAACCACCAGUUGCCUGCAAAUAUCACAUUCAUGUUGUUAAUUGUCUCCAAACAAUGUUCUCCAGAAAUGUCAUUAAAAAUGUUCCUUCACUG